UUCCGGCCACGUGACCUUUCCUUUUCGUGCCUAUGGUCGCCACGCUCCUGUCUAUAUUUGCAGCCUUCAAAACCAAAAAUAUGGCAUCAGAACGCACAUUUAUUGCAGUCAAACCCGAUGGAGUCCAACGCGGAAUCGUCGGAGAAAUCAUGAAGAGGUUUGAAAGUCGUGGCUACAAACUGGUUGCCUGCAAAAUGAUGCAGGCUUCCAAGGAACACCUUGAAAAACAUUAUGCAGAUCUGUCAAGCAAGCCAUUCUUCGCUGGCCUUGUCAAGUACAUGGCAUCUGGACCUGUUGUUGCUAUGGUUUGGGAAGGCAAGCAUGUAGUAAAGAUGGGCCGUAAGAUGCUUGGCGCCACCAACCCAAUCGACUCGGAACCAGGCACCAUCAGAGGAGACUUCUGUAUUGACGUUGGCAGGAACAUCUGUCACGGGAGCGAUUCGGUAGAGAGUGCCAUUAAGGAGAUUGGGCUCUGGUUCAGCCCCAGCGAACUCUGCGAUUACAACAGCUGUCAAGCUUCUUGGGUUUAUGAGUAAAUCUCAACUUUAAUUUAUUUAACCAAGGAGCAGGACAAUUGUUGUCCUUAAAACAGUCAGCACAGCGAAACAGUUACAUUUCCAUCAAUUCAAAAUCAGUAUACAAGGGAAGUAACUCUCCACUGUACCUUUGUUUGAUCUUUAUCAUGACCUAUUGGUCAGCUCCCUGUGAUGUCAAGUGCUAUACAUUUACAGUCACGUCUAUUGGUGUCAGAAAUAAACAAUGUCCAGUA